GACGAACUGCUUUAGCGUUAGAUCCUCAGCAAGUGCAAAACAGGACAGGAAUUUCAAAGUGGAGAGACAAAGAAUUAUAUCGCCCGUCUUACAAUGUUGCUCCAACACGGUAUCAACCUGUCAUUCGUAGAGACAAGGACGCCCAUCAAGGCGAGAGAUUGUUACAAUGCAUGAAGUGGGGAUUGAUACCUUCUUGGAACAAGACAAUGCCCGACUACACAUUCACAAUGCGGACGAUUAAUGCUCGCGACGACAAAAUUAAAGAAGCUAAAUCCAUGUGGAGCGGUCUCAAGCACGUCAAGCGCUGCGUUGUCAUCGCGGAAGGGUUUUAUGAAUGGCAAAAAAAAGGCAAAAAGGAGAAGCAACCGUAUAUGGUCCAAUGGGAAGAGCCGGGACGGCUCAUGUGCUUUGCUGGUCUGUGGGAUCAUGCGGUGAUUGAGGGACAGGAUGUGUGGAGCUACACCAUCAUCACGACGAAUGCUAGCAAAGCAUUGUCCUUCUUACACGAACGGAUGCCGGUGAUUUUAAAGUCGGAAGAAGAGAUCGAUAUGUGGCUGGAUCCGAAGCUACGCUUUACUGAAGAAGUUUCUAGACUUAUGAGACCGACGGAAGAUGGUUUGAAAUGGCAUCCCGUUUCGUCAUUUGUAGGGAAAGUAGGAAAUGAUUCAAUUGAAUGCAUCAAGCCGAUUGUAAUACAGGACGAGUCUGCUUCCAAAAAGGCUCUCUUGGGAUUCUUCAAAAAGGCAUCACAUGAAAAAUUUGAAGAAAAAACAGUUGACACGAAGCGAGCGUCAUCACAGGAUUCACUGGAUGUAACCUCAUCACAACCCAAAACGGAGCGUGUGGAGAUCAAGACAGAGGAUGAUGAAUAUGAAGAGCAGUUGCGAGCAGCUCUGCAAUCAAGUCAGCGAGAAAUAGAGUCACCCAGAAAGCAGACUAAAAACGAUAUGGCCAAGGAAGAAGCGCAAUUUGAGCGGGAUCUAAAAGUUGCUUUGAAGCUCAGUCAAGAAGAGGCUGAUGCAGUGUCAACAGCUGCGAAGCGAAAACAUGAUGAUGCCGACGACUGCGUGGAAGGAAGCAAGUCCUCGAGUACGGAUGCAAAUUGUUCCCCAGCGUCAAAGCGACGUCACGGGCACGCGAAUGAUGCAUCCGUUGGUCCAACAAGCCCCACGCCAAAGGUGCAGAAAAGCAGUGCGAAAGGAAUAAACAAGUCUUCAGCACCUUCCAUCACUGCUUUCUUUAAGCCUCUUAAUCCAAAAUGAUCGGACUUUCUGUAAACACUAUGUACAUUUCUUUUUUUUUGGAACCCCGCCCUUUUUGGGGAACAAGUGUUCUUUUUCUAGUCCGAGUGUGCAAUUUCACUCCUCGAAUGUUCCAAGCCCGAUCUGUCUCCCCUCCGAACGACCCUUACACCUUUUGACUGCGGGAUACGUUUCGAGGCCCCAGCUGCUCGAGUGGUUCACCCAAAUUUCAAGGGAUCCAGCACUCAAACCCAUUUAAACUCAAAGGUCGACUCCAUUUGGGACUCUAUACUAGUACGAUUCCUAAUCAUUGUAUGUGCGUUGGAUGGUAAACAUUCUUGUGGGGAUAUUCAAGCAAUGACCACGUAAGUACUUACACAGCAUUGUCAAAAUGCCGUAUAUUUUCAAACAAAAAAAAAGAGUGUGCUGUCAACUGGCUUCCCGUCCAUCGAUCGCUUGGGUUAAUGUGAUUUGAAUGCAUAAAAUGUAUGGAUACAAUUGGAU